GAUGAAGGUGGUGAAAUAUGUGAUGUUGGCCACUAUCUUGACGGAUGUUGGCGGAUCAAGUACAGACGGUGCAGUACGACUAUCGGGAUCAGGACCCAACAGCUAUCAAGGCCGCGUUGAAAUAUAUCUGAAUAACACGUGGGGAACAAUUUGUGACGAUUCUUUCGACAACGAGGAUGCUCAGGUCGUUUGUCGCAUGCUUGGCCUAUCCCGCUCGGGUGCUGUAGCAAAGAGCAGUGCAUAUUUUGGACCAGGAUCUUCGAGUAUGCCUAUUUUGCUUGACGACAUCAGCUGCUCGGGAUCUGAAAGCAGUGUGCUCAGUUGCAGUCACCGACCUAUAGAAACUCACAACUGUGGACAUGGCGAAGAUGCGGGCGUUAUUUGUAAAUAGUGUAAGAGGAUACUUUGUAACAAUUUUGUUUGUAUUUGAAUUUUCCAUAUUCUUCUGUGUCGCUCAUAUUUUUGUCCCAUUAAUAAAUAGUGCGCAACUGU